UUCAGGAGUGACAUUCAAACUCAGAAUCUUCUCACUGUAACUCAGCCGAACUCACACCUCCUGUCACCAUGUCCUACAACUGCUGCUCUGGAACCUUCUCCUCCCGCUCCCUUGGGGGCCACCUGCGCUGCCCAGGCUCCUCCUGUGGCUCUUCCUACCACAGCAACCUGGUCUAUACCAGGGACCUGUGCUCUCCCAGCACCUGCCAGCGGGAUUCCUCUUUCUACAGUGGCUGUCAGGAGACCAGCUGUGAGCCUAUCAGAUGCCAGGCAUCCUGUGUGGAGUCCAGCCCCUGCCAGCCAUCCUGCUGCCCCCAGAGGACCUCCAAGCUCUGCAGUCCCUGCUGGACAACUUACCCUGGGUCUCUGGGCUUUAGGUCCAGCAGCUGCAGCUUCCUGAGCUCUGGAUCCAGAAGCUGCUACUCAGUGCGUUGUGGAUCCAGUGGCUUCAGACCUCUGGGUUAUGGAGUCUGUGGCUUCCCCUCCCUGAGCCGUGGAUCCAGAUUCUGCCGUCCAACCUGCUUUACCUCCAGCAGCUGCCAGUCAUGGUGUUAUAGACCAAUCUCUAGCUCUGGUUUCUAUUAUUCAACUUGCUGAGGGUCUAGAUCCUUCUGAGUAUUGAGAUCAAAGUCUCUGCUCAGUACAGCCAUCUUUUUC